CGCUGGAGCAGGACUGGGCUAGACCCGCGCGCUCUUGGGGGUUGGGGGGAGCGAUCCGAGCCCCGGCCCUCCGCGCGGGUGGGCUGGAGCAGGGCGCGCCGGGCAGCAACCCCCAUUCCUACCGGAGGCCCCCCCUGCCCUCUCCCCCUUGCCCCCUUGGCCCAUGGUGCGAGGCUGGGAGCGGCCGCCCGGGCCGGAUCGCGCUAUCUCUGAAGGGCACAGAUCAGAAAGCACCAUGCCUCCUAAUAAAGAGACGAGCAGUCUUAAUAGUUCACCGGCAGGGCUCAUCUGCCUCCCUCCAAUCUCUGAGGAGCUACAGCUUGUGUGGACUCAAGCAGCCCAGACCAGUGAGCUGGAUAGCAAUGAACACCUGCUACAAACAGCAGCCCAGCUACAAACCUUCAGCUACCUUCCCUACCCCAGCCUAGCAGACAUUGCACUUCUCUGCCUACGUUAUGGGCUGCAGAUGGAGAAAGUCAAGACCUGGUUCAUGGCCCAGCGCCUCCGCUGUGGCAUUAGCUGGUCAUCUGAAGAAAUAGAAGAGACCCGAGCCAGAGUGGUCUACCAUCGGGACCAACUCCAUUUCAAAUCCCUUCUCUCUUUUACUCAUCAUGCAGGGCGGCCCCCAGAGGAGGUGCCUCCUUCUCCAGUGCCACCUCCAGAACAAGUCGGUCUUGGAACAAGUCCUUUGGCUCUUGGUGAGCCUACCCAGAAGAAAGGAUUGAAGGUAGAACCCGAAGAGCCCUCUCAGAAGCCAUCACUGCCACUGAGUCAGAAAGCAAAGGAGCCCCUGAUGGCACCUGACAGUGGAGCAUUCCCCCACCAGUCAGAUUUUUGGCAGGAUCGUCAAAGCAGUGACUUUUCUAAGGAUCAGGCAGGCAGGGGUCCUGACCAGUCACAUGGCAUAGGUACUGCGUCUUGGAACCACUCUACAGCUAUCCACCAGCCACAUGCUCGGGACAAGCUCCCACCAACCUCAUUACUCACCAGUGGUUGUAAGGAAGAGUCAGCAUCUAGUGUGCCUCCUUCCUCCUCUUCUACCUCUUCCUCUUUCCAGGUACUGGCUAAUGGAGCUACUGCCACCUCUAAACCUCUUCAACCACUGGGCUGUACCCCACAGUCACUGUCACCAAGUGAACAGGCACUACCCCCACAUCUGGAGCCAGCCUGGCCCCAAGGACUACGGCAUAACUCAGUACCAGGUAGGGUUGGCCCUACAGAAUACCUUUCCCCAGACAUGCAACGCCAGCGAAAGACCAAGCGCAAAACCAAAGAGCAGCUGGCUAUCCUAAAAUCCUUUUUUUUACAGUGUCAGUGGGCACGGCGUGAGGAUUACCAUAAAUUAGAACAGAUUACAGGUUUACCUCGGCCUGAGAUCAUUCAGUGGUUUGGUGACACACGCUAUGCCUUGAAACAUGGGCAACUAAAAUGGUUUCGGGACAACGCAGUACCUGGUGCACCUAGUUUCCAAGACCCAGGAAUUCCCACACCGCCACCAUCAACCCGCUCCUUGAAUGAAUGGGCUGAAACACCACCUCUGCCAAUCCCUCCACCCCCACCAGAUAUACAACCAUUGGAGAGGUACUGGGCAGCCCACCAACAGCUACGAGAAACUGACAUACUUCAGCUGAGUCAGGCGUCAAGGCUUAGCACCCAGCAGGUACGGGACUGGUUUGAUUCUCGAUUACCUGAGCCAGCUGAGGUGGUAGUUUGUCUAGAUGAAGAAGAGGAAGAGGAGGAGGAGGAACUGCCAGAAGAUGAGGAAGAAGAGGAGGAGGAGGAGGAGGAAGAAGAAGAUGAUGAUGUGAUCAUACAAGACUGAAUGGGGGGGCCAAAGGAGGGGCGGUCUGUUACUAAAAGAUGAACCACUUAGUAACUGUUUAAACAAAGAAACUUCAUUUUUCUAAUUACCUUGUGGCAAAGAACUAAAAACCUUUGUGUUUUUUAGGGUGGGCAAUGGGAAUGUAGUGAGGGUGGAGCAGGGAGGAUGACCAUAGAAAGUUGGGAUUGGAUUGGCAGAAAUCGAAGCCUCUAACCUCCAGGUAGAAAAUGCUAAGGACCUAGAUAAACUAACAGCUAGGAAGUGGCUCUUGCUGUCCUCAUAUCUGCUGUUCUCCCUUAGUGUACCUCAGAAGGGCCAGAGCUUGGCCCCAUAUCUAUAGGAGGAUUAGCAGACCAGAGUAAAGAACUCUCAACUGAUGAUUCCAGUGCAUCCCCAAUCCUAACAUUUUCCCUGGAAUAUAAGGCUGCCUUGUACCCCUUUUUUCUUUGACCACAAGUCCAUGCAUAAUACACCUAGGAGCUGGUAUAUCCCAGUCUCAUCACAAAUACUUCCUCAUAACAACUGACGUUCUGUGUUUUACCUGCUUAAUUAUUGACUCACACAGGUAGCAGAAUGUUUCCUGAUAUGGGGACCACUUUGCCUUGUA